ACGACGGAGACGCGCAGCGUGUCUCCUCAUCAGCUCCGGGAGAGAAGAAUGGGAAAGGGAACAGGAUUUUGUAUGUAGACGAGGCAGCGUGUGAAAACAUGAGGACAACGGGCAGUUUUUGACUAGUUAUCUCUUAAAAACAUAUAUAAUUACACAUAUCAUAAUAGGAGUUUUCUUCUUUCCCCCCCGAGUACAGGGAUAUUUGCUCCCAUUGGAAAACACAGGGGAGGAGAGGAGCCUCUUUGUGAAUCCCAUCUGACUGGGAUAAAAGCCCGGUCGCAGAGCGGCGUGGUGGUUUCGCUUGACCUUUCACCUCAAUAGGAAGGAGAGAAAUUCACUUCAGAGAUGGAGCAGGUGUCAGAUGAUGAGUUGGACCAUGGAGCAGAGGAGGACAGCGAUAAGGAGGACCAGGACCUGGACAAGAUGUUUGGAGCCUGGCUGGGAGAGCUGGACAAACUCACACAGAGUCUGGAUGAUGGCAGGCCACAGAAAGCACUGCAGAAGCCUCCUCUCAGACAGGAGACUAACAUGGCCAACUUCUCCUACCGCUUCUCAAUGUACAACAUAAACGAGGCGCUGAACCAGGGCGACACAGUGGACCUGGACGCCCUGAUGGCCGACCUGUGCUCAAUCGAACAGGAGCUCAAUACCAUUUCCAGACCUAACUCCACGGCUCGUGGCCAGAGCAAAGGCCAGCAGAGGGCCCCUGGAGGGCGUAGUGCCAGUACCAAGCACACAGGCACCAGUGGGGGGGGAAGCAGCGGAGGAAGCACCAGUAGCAGUACCCGGGCGUCGCCGGCCAACACAGUACGAGGCGGCAGCGUCAACGCCCGCCCCGCCGCCUCCAACAUCUCCCUGGAUGACAUCACCUCUCAGCUGGAGAAGGCCUCGCUCAGCAUGGACGAAGCGGCUCGUCAGACGUCCUCCUCUUCCUCCUCAUCCUCCUCCUCCUCCUUCUCCUCCACCACGCUCCGACGGCCCUCGUCGGGGUCGUCCGGCGGCGGGCAGCACCGCAGGACGGGCUCAGUGGGCGCAGUCAGCGAGCAGGAAGCUCCGUCCCAGCGGUCCAGUGUAAACUCAGCAUGUGCCUCAGCGUCCAGCAUGGACUCCCUGGACAUUGAUAAAGUGAUGACGGGAGGAGAGAGGGAGGGCCGGAGCAGCCCGAGCACACAAGGACAAAACCAGACCAGCACUGAGCAUGUCACGCUGCGACGGGCCAACGGUAAGCCGGCCAGGCGGCAGCUUGACUUCACCGCACACGUGGGUGAAGUGGAUCGGGCCACUCACUCCUAUCUGGACCGAGAAACCUCACUCAUUCUGAAAAGCAUAGCUGGAAAGCCUUCUCACCUCCUGACCAAGGAGGAGCAAGCUGCCAAACUGAAGGCAGAGAAGAUCCGAGUCGCCCUGGAGAAAAUCAAGGAGGCGCAGGUCAAAAAGCUGGUGAUCAGGGUCCACAUGUCGGACGAGAGCUCCAAGACCAUGAUGGUGGAUGAGAGGCAGACAGUCAGGCAGGUGCUGGACAGCCUGCUGGAUAAGUCGCACUGUGGCUACAGCCCAGACUGGUCGCUUGUGGAAACCAUCACCGAGCUACAGAUGGAGCGUAUUUUUGAGGAUCAUGAGAACUUGGUGGAGAAUCUGUUGAACUGGACCCGGGACAGCCACAACAAACUUAUGUUCAUUGAACGCAUCGAGAAAUACGCUCUUUUCAAGAACCCUCAGAACUACUUAUUGGGGCGGAAGGAGACGUCAGAAAUGGCUGACAGGAAUAAAGAGGCUCUAUUAGAGGAGUGUUUCUGUGGCGGCUCGGUGUCUGUGCCAGAGAUCGAGGGGAUCCUUUGGCUGAAGGAGGACGGGAAGAAGUCGUGGAAGAAGCGUUACUUCCUCCUCAGGGCUUCAGGGAUCUACUACGUCCCAAAGGGCAAAGCCAAGGCGUCCAGAGAUCUUGUGUGCUUCCUGCAGCUGGACCAUGUCAACGUGUAUUACGGGCAGGACUACCGCAGCAAAUACAAGGCUCCUACUGACUACUGCCUGGCCCUGAAGCAUCCACAAAUCCAGAAGAAGUCACAGUACAUCAAGUAUCUGUGCUGUGAUGAUGUCAGGACCCUGCACCAAUGGGUGAAUGGGAUUCGAAUCGCCAAGUACGGAAAGCAGCUAUACGUGAACUACCAGGAAGCAAUGAAGAGGACAGAGGCCGCCUACGAUUGGUCAUCUCUCUCUACCGCCAGCAUCCGAUCCGGCUCCAGCUCUGCCAGCAUACCUGAGUCCCAGUCUAAUCAUUCAGGCCACUCAGACAGUGGUGUGGACACAGGAUCCUCUCAUGGCCGGUCCCAGAGUGUGGUGAGCUCCAUUUUCUCUGAGGCCUGGAAGAGAGGCACCCAGAUCGAGGAAAACUCCAAGAUGAGGAUGGAGGCAUCCAGAGGGGCUACCCUGCCGCAUGCUUCCCACAGUCACCGCCAUCACAGCCAGCAUUCAGUCGACCACCCAGCCCUGACGCCCCCUCCCCAGCCCCAGCCCCAGCCCCAGCCUCCGCCUCAGCCUCAGCCUCCACCACAGCCCCAGCAGCAACACCCACCACAGCCCCAGCAGCAGCACCCACCACAGCCCCAGCAGCAGCACCCACCACAGCCCAUGCACCCAUCAGCGCACCCUCAGAUACCGACCCAGCCACUGCACCAGCACCUGCCUCCCCAGCCUCAGUCUCCUCAACAGGCCCUCCAGCCACCGCCCCAGUCGCCUCAGCGCCCUCAGCAGCCGCCACAGUCUCCACAGCAACAGCGGCAGCAGCGGCAGCAACAGCAGCAGCAGCAGCAGCAGCAGCAACAGCAGCAGCAGCCGCCACCACAGACCAUCAGCAGCUACAACCACAUGCCCCCACAGCAGCAGCAGCAGCAGCCUGCUCCCCAACCCCCGCCUCCUCCGCCACCGCCACCUCCCCCUCCCCCACCGCCAGUUCAGAUGGUGUCACACCACUCGCCGGCCCCCACCAUGUACAAGUACAGCACCAUCACCAGGCUGCAGAACCAGAAGGCCGCCCAGGACGCCAACCACCACAAGCUGCCCCGUCACCUCCACGCCACAGCUCAGCAAGUUCUACCCCCGACCCCGACACCACCCACAGCUUUGGUGUCCAUCAAACCCAAUGUCAAUCACAUUGCGGCAAGGACUAAUGUCCCACCUCCCCCUCCGCCUCCUCCUCCCCCUCCACCAUCCAUGCCAACCCCUGGGUCAGCCAUGGCUGUGUUGAAGCUGGGCCCUCCCAGCCCGGCCGCCCCGCCUGCCUUCAUUCCUCCACCCCCAGCACCUCUAUUUACUGCACAGACCAACGGAGUAGCAUUCCCUCCUCCUCCUCCUCCCCCUCCACCCCCACCUGCACCAGCUCCCAUGAGCCAGCCUGUUUACCCCAGCGGGCUGAAGCAGGUGCUGAAGGAAAGGUUUCCCAGCCCGCCACGGGACCUCCUGACUCCCAAUGGAGACCUUGAGGAGUCCCCACCGCCGGCUCCUGCUCCACCACCCCCGCCUCCUCCACCUCCACCCCCGCCACCACCUCCUCCUCCUCCCCAGCAGUUCCCAGUGCCAGCCCAGUUUCCACCCCCGCCUGCGCCACCACCAGCGCCACCCAAAACCUUCACCCCAGGCUUUGUGCCUCAUACUGCCCCCAAGCCCGUGUCGCCUGUUGCACCGUUCCCUCCUGCCCCACCUCCUGCUGCCUUAGGGGGCCCAACGCCACCACCACCGCCCCCGCCUCCACCUGCACCCUUCAAGAAGCAGUUCAGCCUCCAGGCGGGCCACACCCCCAGCCACCCCCCUCCGACUUUGCCCAAGCAACACAGCCUGUCUAAACCACCGCCCAUUUCCACGGGAGCCCCUCCCACCAUGUCUUUGGUGAAACAACUGGCAAGUCAGUUUCCCGGAGCUUCAUCCCAGGUAGCCAAUCACACAGAGAGCCCCAAAGCCCCCCUCUCCCCACCUGCAGUCAAGACCAAACCAAAAUGGCAGCCAGGGGGGGGCCAGCAGUCGCAGUCUCCGGAGUUCCCUCCUCCUCCUCCAGACAGCAACGCUGGCUUCCCCGCUCCACCCCCUCCUCCGCCGCCUCCUCCAGCACCUGUUACGGGCCCGACUCCGCCCCCUCCUCCCCUCCCUCCUGGAAACCUGGGCUCCCCCAUGAGGAGGUCCCCCUCUGGCUCCUUCAAUUUUGGAGGCAAGAAACCUCCUCCCACCCCUCAGAGGAACUCCAGCAUCAAGGACAACGCCUCAGCCUCCUAUGAGGAAUCCAGGAGGAACUUACUCAGUAAGUUUGCUCCGCAAGGCAACACCUCUCCUUCCUCACCAUGUCCCGCCUCCUCCUCUACUGGAUCCCCCUCCAAGGACCACUCAGCUGGACCCCCUGCUCCCCCAAAACCAGGCAAGCUCAACCUGUCCAACCUGCCCCUGGCACUCCAGGCCAAAGUGGGCCAGGCGAAGCAGUCCAGCGGCGACUUCCCUUCCCCACCACCUGAGUGCGCCUACUUCCCUCCUCCUCCCCCGGCCUCGGAGCUCUUUCCCCCUCCUCCUCCUCCUCCUGGCAGUGAUGGCCAUAGCGGCGGACCUCCGAGGGUAGCCGUGGUCAACCCCCAGCCCCAAGCUCCGCCUCCUCCGCCACCCGUCUCCCUCGUCAGCAACUCAACAUGGGGAAAGAGCUCACUGAAAAAGACCCCUCCACCCACACUGGCGCGACGUAGUAACACCACCCCGGAGCCCCCUCCACUCUCGCCGCCUCCACCCACCUCCCCGAAGGGCAGCUCGGGCCAGCCCAAUUUCCUGGAGGACCUCAACCGGACACUGAAGCGAAAGUCGGUGGGUCGCCAGGGUUCUCUCAACUCUGCCGGCCUCUCUGGGAAGCUGGACCCCGCAGGGACCAUGGACGACAUGGCGCUGCCUCCGCCGCCCCCCGAGCUGCUCGGGGACCAAGGAAAGCAAAGCAACGGAGGAAACGGUGGCUACAUGUCCGGAAACAUCUCAGGCUAUGCAACACUACGACGAGGACCCCCACCUGCACCACCCAAACGGGGGGACACCACCAAACUUACUUGAGAGUGUCGAACUUGGAGAUCAGGACGCGACGAAGAUGGAUGAAAAAAGACAAUGAAAGAAUAUAUGGACGUGAACUGGGAGCGAGUUCCUGGACUCCUUCUGUCCUCUUCACAACAAUAAAUAGAUGACUGUGUAUAUACGAAAACCCAAACCAGACCGUGGUCAAUUAGUGUUUGCUAAUUAUUGCAUUUUUUUCCUUUUUUUUGAACACGCUUGGCAUUCUGGGUCAGUGGGGUUUACAAUAGUGGGACAAUUAAGACUGGAGCAGGUAAGUUUGAGGUCGUAGAAAAGAACAUUUCUGCGAUUCUCUAAACUCUCUGGAACAUAUUGUAUCGCCCGGUAUGGUAAACCCCACCCAUCCUGGUGCACCAAGCAGAUUCAAAUAAACACUAAUAAGAAUUGUGCAAAUAUUACUGGAUCCAGGUCUGAGCCAAACCAUGUAUCUGCUUCUUUGCCAUAAGUUUGUGCCACGUACUGGAGACAAAAGAAAAAAAAAAACCCAACAAAACAACAACAACAACAACAACAAAAAAAACCAUGGAAACAAAAACACAUCAGGAUCUUUCUGCUUUGAUACUGCAUGGACCUCAUGUAACAACAAGCUGUAAAACACGAAGCUGUUCUAGCGUGUGUGCAUGUGCAAGAGAGAGAGAGAGACACUGAGACUGAAUAUGCAUACAUGCAUCGCGUGCAUGCAUGUAUGUGUGACUACAUGGCGGCGAAGUAGUUAAGCAUUAGGAAAGGCCUUUGUGGAGCGGUUUGCUUUUAUAUGAAAUUAUUUAAUGAUUGAUAAAUGGAAGGAUUUUUUUUACAAGUCUGUCUUUUAAAUAGCUGGUCAACUAAAAGUCUAGAGAGGAUCAAAACAGUAGGGCACAAUGGAAUGUAUAUGGAAGGCGUAUUUAAGACACAAUGAAUCACACACACAUGAAGGUAAUGAUUCAGUAGUACAACGACUACAGCUAAAACUUAAAAAAAAAAAAAAAAAAAUGUGUUGUCUCAAACAUUUCUAGACUGUUUCACCACUUGGCAAAUGCAAAUCAGAAGGAAGCCUUAUUCCCAAAGUCUUGCACAGAGGUCAAAGCGGAGAGGAGAUUUCUUCCAAAAGGCUCAGCAGAGUCUGGACUGUGCAACUGGAGUAAAACUAUGCUUUUUUUUUUGUUUUUAAUUUAAUGCAAACUUAUAAUGGACUUGUGUAAACGGAGAGGGAGGCCUGUGGUGGUGUAUCUUCGUGGACUGUGUGAGUUCCCUGUGCGUUGGCUUGAUUUUAUUUUAUUUUAUUUAGAUUUUUUGGACCUUUUUAUCCUUCAGUUUGUAUCUGUACAGUUGCAGCUGCUAACCCCCGUUACCGUUGGUUCCCCCCGCCGCCGUCGCCUUCUUAAAUCACACGGUGUCACGAUCCGGGAAGUAGUAAGAAGUACGGAUUGGAUUUCGGCCCGGUGAAGUGUGCUCAUCCCGUUGAAAAAGACACAUUCGUCUGGUUAAUGUACAGCGCAUUAAAUCAUGUAGUCAAUAACAGAAAUCAUCUGAGUGGCAUUAGACUGAAUGUUGCUUUCAACUUUGUGUGUCUGUCGUAUCUUGUUUCUUCAUGGUGCCAUUACUGCUUCAGCCCUCAGUGCACGGGGACUGAGGUUAUCUCUUGGUUUUUGUAUCUAGAGAGCGGAUCAUGAAGGGUUUUAAUUCCUAUGGCUGCAAUGCCUUCAUUUUUAGGGUGCUAGCGCUUCAAGGAGCUCAAAUCUCAACAUGUUCCUCGUGUGCCGGGAUGAUCAUAUCAUGAAUAUUUCACACCGUUUUAAACUGGUUUUCAAUUGGCUUUAGUGUGGGAAACGCUUGCUGUGGAGAAGGAGCUCAGAGGAGUGAUUAUAUCCAUGGUGGAUUCCUCCAGCCACAGCCGUGUGAUUGCCACAUGAAGGCAGUUGUACCAUUUCCUAUAACUGAGUAUCAUCAUCCGUAACAAGAUUGUUUGCUACAGUACAGUAUGUAAGUUAUUGGUGUGCUGAUGUGAACAUAUGGGGCCAAAAAUUAAAUAGAACUGAAAUGAAGAAAAAUGGUUACAGAUGGAGUAAACGUGUCCUCUUGCAUAUAAACUGCAAAUCACAAUAUAAAUGUUGAAACCAGA